GGCAUUACGUUUUUCAACUCGGCCGCGAAAGUAACUCAAGAAAGGCGCUCCGCACGCAGCUAGAGUAUUUUGAAAAACACAAGUCCCGCGACUCGCGACCAAAUCAUUCAGUGUGUGACGCGAACUGCCAAUGCAAUAAUUUCACAAAAAUUGCAGUUUUCCGCGAAUCUUGGCAGUUCUUAUUUAAAUUUGAAAAAAGUGCCAGAACCAAAUGAAUAUAUGAUCUUCUAAGAGAAAAAUACAAAGUGUUUCCGCCAAAAAAAAUAAAGCAAGAAUCGUUGCACCGUUAGUUCCCUCUCUCGCUUUUCCCUUUUGCGCUUCUUUGCGUAUAAAGGAGAAGACACGCGAAAAGCUUCAAACUCGCGACACUUAAAAAUAAACACACUCGAGGAAAUUACAACAAAAAUGUGGCGCGUGCACGUGUAGCUUGCAACAACAACGACAGCAGCAAAAUAACGAAAAUGCUAAAAGCGAAUUGCAAAACCAUGUGCGACAAGUAACCAAAAAAUCCACAAAUUAAAAUACAAUAAACAAUUUGAGUAGUUGCCGCACACACACACACACACAUCCCGUGGAUUAUUACACUAAAAGCGACACUCAAUCCAAAAAACCAGCAACAACAACAUCAAUAAACAUGCAUUGGAUUAAAUGUUUAUUAACGGCAUUCAUUUGCUUCACAGUCAUCGUGCAGGUUCACAGUUCCGGCAGCUUUGAGUUGCGACUGAGGUACUUCAGCAACGAUCACGGGCGGGACCACGAGGGCCGCUGCUGCAGUGGGGAGUCGGACAGCGCGACGGGCAAGUGCCUCGGCAGCUGCAAGACGCGGUUUCGGGUCUGCCUGAAGCACUACCAGGCCACCAUCGACACCACAUCGCCGUGCACCUACGGGGACGUGGUCACGCCCAUUCUGGGCGAGAACUCGGUCAACCUGACCGAUGCCCAGCGCUUCCAAAACAAGGGCUUCUCGAAUCCCAUCCAGUUCCCGUUCUCGUUCUCAUGGCCGGGCACCUUCUCGCUGAUCGUCGAGGCCCUGCAUGAUACCAACAACAGUGGAAGUGCGCGAACCAACAAUCUCCUUAUCCAGCGACUGUUGGUUCAGCAGGUACUGGAGGUGUCCUCCGACUGGAAGACGAACAAGUCGGAGUCGCAGUACACCUCGCUGGAGUACGAUUUCCGCGUCACCUGCGAUCCCAACUACUACGGAUCCGGCUGUGCCAAGUUUUGCCGGCCGCGCGACGAUUCGUUUGGACACUCCACUUGCUCCGACACCGGCGAAAUUAUCUGUUUGACCGGAUGGCAGGGCGAUUACUGUCACAAACCCAAAUGCGCCAAAGGCUGUGAACAUGGACACUGCGACAAGCCCAACCAAUGCGUUUGCCAACUGGGCUGGAAGGGCGCCUUGUGCAACGAGUGCGAAGUGGAACCCAACUGCAUCCAUGGCACCUGCAACAAACCCUGGACCUGCAUCUGCAACGAGGGUUGGGGUGGUCUGUACUGCAACCAGGAUUUGAACUACUGCACCAACCACCGGCCCUGCAAGAAUGGCGGAACCUGCUUCAAUACCGGCGAAGGACUGUACACCUGCAAGUGCGCUCCCGGAUUCAGUGGCGAUGAUUGCGAAACGGAGAUCUACUCCUGCGAUGCCGAUGUGAAUCCCUGCCAGAAUGGCGGAACCUGCAUCGAUGAGCCGCCAACGAAGACGGGCUACAAGUGCCAUUGUCCCAGUGGCUGGAGCGGCAAGAUGUGCGAGAAGAAAGUGCUGACCUGUGCGGACAAACCGUGCCAGCAGGGCAUCUGUCGCAAUGUCCGUCCCAAUUUGGGGAGCAAAGGUCAGGGCUACCAGUGCGAGUGCCCCAUUGGCUACAGCGGACCCACCUGCGAACUCCAGCUGGACAACUGCAGUCCGAAUCCCUGCAUCAACGGAGGAAGCUGUCAACCGAACGGAAAGUGCAUUUGCCCAGCGGGAUUUACGGGUUCGAAGUGCGAGACGAACAUCGAUGAUUGCCUCGGUCGGACGUGCGAGAAUGGCGGCACCUGCAUAGACAUGAUCAACCAGUAUCGCUGCCACUGUGUUCCCGGAUUCCAUGGCACCGACUGCAGCAGCAAAGUGGACUUGUGCCUCAUCAGGCCGUGUGCGAAUGGAGGAACCUGCCGGAAUCUGAACAACGACUACCAGUGCACCUGUCGGGCGGGAUUCACCGGCAAGGAUUGCUCCGUGGACAUCGAUGAGUGCAGCAGUGGUCCCUGCCACAAUGGCGGCACCUGCAUGAACCGCGUUAACUCCUUCGAGUGCGUGUGCGCCAAUGGUUUCAGUGGCACGCAGUGCGACAAGGAGUCCUACGAUUCGGUGACCUUCGAUGCCCACCAGUACGCCACAACGCAAGCGAGAGCCGAUGGAUUGACCAAUGCCCAGGUGGUGCUUAUUGCCGUUUUCUCAGUGGCCAUGCCUCUGGUGGCGGUGAUCGCUGCCUGCGUAGUGUUCUGCAUGAAGCGGAAACGCAAGCGCGCCCAGGAGAAGGACGAUGCGGAGGCCAGGAAGCAGAACGAGCAGAAUGCGGUGGCCACCAUGCAUCACAACGGCAGUGGUGUGGGCGUGGCACUGGCUUCUGCCUCGCUGGGCGGCAAAACGGGCAGUAACAGCGGACUCACCUUCGACGGCGGCAAUCCGAACAUAAUCAAGAACACAUGGGACAAGUCGGUCAACAACAUCUGCGCCUCGGCAGCAGCGGCAGCGGCGGCGGCGGCAGCAGCGGACGAGUGCUUAAUGUACGGCGGAUAUGUGGCCUCGGUGGCGGACAACAACAAUGCCAACUCAGACUUUUGUGUCGCCCCGCUGCAGAGGGCCAAGUCGCAGAAGCAACUGAACACCGAUCCCACGCUCAUGCACCGCGGUUCGCCGGCAGGCAGCUCCUCGAAGGGAGCGUCUGGCGGAGGAGCACCGGGCGCGGCGGAGGGCAAGAGGAUCUCCGUGCUGGGCGAGGGAUCCUACUGCAGCCAGCGCUGGCCUUCGUUGGCGGCGGCGGGCGUGGCGGGUGCCUGCUCCUCUCAACUGAUGGCCGCCGCCUCGGCAGCGGGCAGCGGAGCGGGGACGGCGCAACAGCAGCGGUCCGUGGUCUGCGGCACUCCGCAUAUGUAACUCCAAAAAAAAAAAAAAAAAACACUCCAUCCGAACGGGUUCCAACGAAAUCCGGAGAAAUCCGCAUGGAGGAGCUAACAGCACACACACAAAGAAAAGACUGGGUUUGGGUUCGAAAUGUGAGAGAGACGCCAAAAUGUUGUUGUUGAUUGAAGCAGUUUAGUCGCCACGAAAAAAAAUGAAAUAUCUGUAACAGGCAUAACUCGUAAACUCCCUCAAAAAUUUGUAAAGUAAUUAGCAAAACUGCAAGCCAGGCCGUUUCGAUCGUUUUUUAUAGAUUUUAUAAAACGCAAUCUUAGAAAUUAUUCAUUUGAAAAGCACACAUAUUGAACCAAAUUUUUAACGUAUUGAAACACUCGAUCGAGACAGCAAAUGGGGAACAGUAUUUGCUCCCUUGAUUAUUCCAAUGGACUGACCUAAGCCUAAAGUUGUACACCAUAAAGUUAACCUCUCGAAAUUGAAAACUAUUUGUUUUUGACACCACCACAUCCCACUUGACCAAUUGCUUGCUAGAAUUUAGACCAAGACCAAGACCAAGAACCACUGGACGACGGAGUCGAAGAGAAGACUCUCCACACAGUUUGACGUUUUGCAUGUUACUGAAAAAUCUGCUUCAAUUUAAUCUAUUUUUUCUAUUAGUUCGGUAUAAAUUGUAAAUAUUAAUGGUACACGUAAAUGUAAACGAUUGAAAAGAAAACCUCCUCAUUGACGCCGCCCGAAACGGGGCUGCUUUUCUAUGCAAGGCAGUCGGCCGGAUCGGGCGAUUUGUAUAUAGUACUCAUAGGUCACAUCGAUAUACGACAUGGAUAAGAGAAAAAGAUGAAAAGCCACACAAAAAAACUACAUAAAUUGACACUAUCUCGACUAUUUAGUUUCUAACUAUGUAUAUGUAAAUGUAGCGAACGAAGAAAAACUAAACUUAACUCGACUCUAGUUUAAUAUUAAUUUAAAGACCCCACACAAACAAACAUGCGAAGACAAGCAAAACAUUUAGUGAUUCUAUUUUAAGUACUUCUAAUUUACCCUACCAACCAAUUAUUUUUUUCGAUUUUUAAACUUAUUAUUUUAAUCUUUAUUUUUUAAUUUUGUCCAUCUACAACCCUAUAUAAUUUUUUGGCCUAUUCCGAUUUGGAGCAUUUAUCAGCGAUGAAGUCAAUAAUACUUGUAGUUAGCGCUUAACUGUAAACGAAAUGUAUUGAAUUUAUAAAUUGUAAGUCGAAUCACAAAUUUCAUGAAAACUGAAUUGGAACAUUAAAAAAAUAGUAAAAAAAAAAAAAGCUUAGCAAAAAGUGAAUGAAAUAUACAAACAAAAUAUACAUACACAAAA